GACACGUCACCCCUCUCUCUCUCUCUCUUCAGACUUCACUAGUGGAGAAUUAUAAAGUCGGUGAAACGAAACUUCUCCUUCUCGCCGUCCUUUUCUAAAACCGAAGCUUCUCCACCAAUCACCGCCAAUGGCCGGCCACAACACCGCCGUCAACUCCAACGAUGUUUUGGAAACUCCGGUGUUAGACGUCGAGGCACACAGUCUACUCCAAAGCAUAUCUGAAGAAGGUGGUUAUGCGUAUGUUAGUAUGUCAACACGCGCCGCUGAUGGAGACAUUCGAGCUGCAGAGGCGGCGCGUGAGGUUGCGUGGGAGCAACUGCACUCCGGGCCAUGGCACUCCGUGUUGCCUGUGUGGAGAGACGCGUACUCGAUGGCGUGUUUGCACGUCGCCAAAUUUCAUUAUGCUAAUGGCGAGUUCAAAGAGGCGCUUAGGGUUUUAGACAUGGGAUUGAUAAUGGGAGGGAUGGUUUUGCGUAAGGAUUUGGAGUCGGCUGUGGGGAAAGCCACGGAGAGAGCGAAUGCUCUUCUUAGGGUUUCGGAAGAAUCUGUUAAUGGAUCUGCUAAUGCUAAAUUAGUAACAACUCAAAAUGCAAUUAACUUGAUCGAGCAAAACAGUGAAGAAUGCAAGAAUGUUCACCUUCUGAUUGGACAUCAUGCUCAAAUAGGACAAAGACUCUUCAAAUCCUACCCAAGAACUCAUUAUCUUGUAAACAUGUUGUAAAGAGAUCUUCAUCUUCCCUUUCAUUGGAGGGUUUCAUGCGUGACUAUUUUCUCCCUGGUUCACCAGUUUUAUUAACUGACAGUAUGACUCAUUGGCCUGCAAUUACCAAAUGGAAUGACUUGAAUUACCUUAAAAAAGUUGCAGGAUAUCGCACAGUUCCUGUUGAGGUUGGAAAAAACUAUUUAUGCAAUGAUUGGAAGCAAGAGAUGUUAACAUUUUCUGAGUUUCUUGAGAGGAUUCAGUCCAACAGUUGUGAUGAUGCCCAUGCCCCUACUUAUUUAGCUCAGCAUCCCUUGUUUGAUCAGAUACAAGAGCUGAGAAAUGACAUUGUUACCCCUGACUACUGUUUUGCUGGUGGAACUGAGAUGAAGUCGGUUAAUGCUUGGUUUGGUCCAGCUGGCACAGUGACACCUUUACACCAUGAUCCCCAUCACAAUAUUCUUGCUCAGGUUGUUGGAAAGAAAUACGUGAGACUAUAUCCAGCUUCAUUUUCAGAGGAACUUUACCCACACACUGAAUCCAUGCACAAGAAUUCCAGCCAGGUUGAUCUAGACAAUAUAGACGUGAGUGAGUUCCCAAAGAUCCAAGACUUGGAAUUUGUUGACUGCAUUUUAGAAGAAGGCGAAAUGCUUUACAUCCCUCCCAAAUGGUGGCACUACGUCCGAUCCCUCACCACAAGUCUUUCUGUCAGCUUUUGGUGGGCUGCUGCUACUACUUCUCCUCCCUCACCAACAUCUUCAUUUUAGUAAAUGGUAAUCACCACAUUUUUAUAUAUUAAUUAGAUAUAACUCUUUUUUAUGUUACUAAUUUGUCACCUAUCAUCAACAUCAUUAUUGUUGUUAUUAUUAUUAUUAUUAUUAUAACAAUUACUGGUACA